CCUGCCUGCUUCUUCACCCGUCUUUGCCUUCAUCUCCAUCUCCCUUUGCCAUUGUGGUUGCCAUCGCAGAUCGUGUUUCCAUGGCCUUGGAGCUCACCUACCGCGGCCACGAUGCGCAACCACUGGACGAUGCCGGGAAGUACAUCCACAAGCCGGAGAAGCGCCUCGUCUGUCUCUCCCGCUCGCUUCGUUACUUCCUCCAUGAGCAGCGCCCCCUUUUCGUCUUAUUGGGUAUGACCCUCGCCUCUCUCUUAUUCUCAUUCUUCCCACGCGCCUCCCCCGUCGCCGGCGGUGGCUUCCGCAUGGAAAUUACGGAUCCGAAAGGCUGGAGAUUGACGGAGCCCCACCAUUUGACUUCCUACGGCGGGCAAAAUUACCACCGGUUCGUGAUCGAUACUGCGGGGAGGGGAUCCGUCGGGGGGAAAGUCCCGCUGGGGCUGAAGCGGAAGGGGCUGCGGAUCGUGGUGACCGGCGGGGCCGGGUUCGUUGGAAGCCACCUCGUGGACCGCCUGAUCGCGCGGGGGGACAGCGUGAUUGUGGUGGACAAUUUCUUCACAGGGCGGAAGGAGAAUGUUAUGCACCAUUUUGGGAACCCCAACUUCGAGCUCAUUCGCCAUGACGUCGUCGAGCCGAUCCUGCUCGAGGUGGACCAGAUCUACCACCUCGCCUGCCCCGCAUCUCCCGUGCAUUACAAGUUCAAUCCCGUCAAGACGAUCAAGACCAACGUGGUAGGAACCUUGAACAUGCUUGGCCUGGCCAAGAGAGUAGGUGCUAGAUUCCUCCUCACCAGCACUAGCGAGGUCUAUGGCGACCCCCUGCAACACCCUCAAGUGGAGACCUACUGGGGCAAUGUGAACCCCAUUGGUGUUAGAAGCUGCUAUGAUGAGGGCAAGCGAACAGCUGAGACAUUGACCAUGGACUACCACCGCGGUGCUCAAGUCGAGGUGAGAAUUGCUCGGAUCUUUAACACUUACGGACCUAGGAUGUGCAUAGAUGAUGGUCGAGUCGUCAGUAACUUCGUAGCCCAGGCCCUGAGGAAGGAGCCAUUGACAGUUUAUGGGGACGGGAAGCAAACUAGGAGCUUCCAAUACGUAUCUGAUCUGGUGGAGGGCCUGAUGAGGCUUAUGGAAGGUGAGCACAUUGGUCCCUUCAACUUGGGCAACCCUGGUGAGUUCACGAUGCUUGAGCUGGCGAACGUGGUGCAGGAAACAAUUGAUCCCAAUGCAAAGAUUGAGUUCCGUCCUAACACAGAGGAUGACCCCCACAAGCGCAAGCCCGACAUCACCCGUGCCAAGGAAUUGCUCGGCUGGGAGCCCAAGAUCUCCCUCCGGCAGGGUCUCCCACUCAUGGUGUCUGACUUUCAAAAACGCAUUUUUGACGACCAAUCAGAUGCCACUACUGCAUCUGGCACUGGCACUACCAAUGGCUCAGGUUAAGGUUGUGUUGAUCAUGUCAGACAUUCAUUAUCCAACACGCCUAUAUUGGUGUUAGAAAUGAGCAUAAAGACAGUGAGAUCACCUUCGUGAUAAGUAUUUUUUUUAACGUGUAGCUUUGUUAACUACCCUUGUUGCUGCAGAUGUGGAACAGCACAGUGUAAUUUUAUCAUUUUAUUAUAUUUUGUUAAGUUUUUUUUUUUAAA